AUGGAAAAUAUUACAAUUAAAAUUAUAAUAUCCCACAAACUUAAGAGCAGUGACACACCAAUAUUGCAAUUCUGGGAGGGGCUUUCUAUACUCCAAGAUAUGUCAUUUUAUGUAUAUUACAUCCCAAAAAGAGUAUAAUAUUCCUUAGUCCUGUUAGAUAUGGAGUAAUUUCUUCUCUUAAGCUAUUUUCUGGAGUACUUGAGUUUUUUGAAACAGCUAAAUUAUAUUGCUUUAAACCUCUUCUACAUUUAUAUUCAUCUUAUCUUUGAGGUAAAGAAAGAUAUUAGAAUCAGACAUAAUUUCAUCCAAAUCAAUGACUGGCCUUUCUAUCUUGAUAUAUUAAAACGCAUUAUUGGUUUCAGAUGGUAUAUAUUUGCUCCUGAUACAAGUUAUUAUAUGUAAAUGAAUCGAAAUCAACUAAUUCUCUCCUUCAUUCUUUUUACAAAUAGCUCUUAUUAAAUGUUCGAUUUAAGUUUUUCUAUUAAGAGCUCUUAUUUAUUAUAACUAGAAUCUCAUUUCUUGAUUCGAAGCAUAUUAAGACGAUAUGAUAUGUAAAAUUAUUUAAUCCUGAAACACCAUCUAAUCUCAAAUUACUUUUUAGGUAAUCUCUUUAGUAUGAGAAACGAAUAAGACAGAUUUAAUUAAUUAUUUUUGAUUUUAAAGAAGGAAAUUGAUUUUCUGCUUCUCUUUUCAAAUAUUAAGUAAAUGAGUUAAUUAUCAAUUUAUGAUUGUAUUGAGGGAAGGUUAUUUGCAUUUAUCACUUAUUAAGAUUAAAAAGUUGAAUUAUGA